CGCGCUCCCGCCCCCUCGGCCGGACUUGGCGCCUCCCCUGCGGCGGCAGCGGCCGGUCCGGAGCUGGGGUCGGGAGCCCGAGCCCGGGUUCUGAUGUUACCGCGCCUCGGACCGGAGCGCAGGGUCCACGGAGCCAGCCUGGCCCAGCCUCCAUCCUUACAGCCAUGGAGGCCCUGGGUCCUGGGGGCGAGCGCGCCUCCCCUGCCGCCUGCCCUGGAAGCCCAGACUUGGGGCCGCCGUCCACGCGCGCCGACUCGGCCUACAGCUCCUUCUCAGGCGGCCCUGAGCCGCGCGCCCCAUCGCCUGCGGCCGUCCUGCCUCACCUGGACGGGGACUACGUGCGCGCGGUGUGGGGCGGCCCGGGGCCCGCUCCGCCCGACGCCACCCAGAGCGCAGCCCAGCGGCCCGGGCCAGCGGUCGCCGCGCACAGUGGGCUCCAGGGGGCCCCGGGGCGGCUCAGCAGACAGGCCACCCCGCUGCUCUACGCGCUGGCCGCCGAGGCCGAAGCCGGGGUGCGGGCUGCCGAGCCCCCAAGCCCGCCGGCCUCGCGGGCCGCCUACCGCCAGCGGCUGCGGGGCGCGCAGCGCAGGGUGCUCCGGGAGACGUCCUUCCAGCGCAGGGAGCUCCGCGUGAGCCUGCCCGCCCGCCUGCGGCCCGCGGCCCCGGCGCACCUGCCCCCGGCGCACCCGCGCUCCUCCUCGCUCAGCCACCCGGGCGGGGACUGCCGGGCCCCCGCGCCGGGAACCGCGGGCCAGGGCCGCCUCGCCAGCCAGCAGCGGAAGUGGUGCUUCUCGGAGCCGGGGAAGCUGGAUCGCGUGGGUCGGGGCUGUGGGCCGGCCGGGGAAGGCUUGAGCGAGACCUGCUUCAGCCCGGGCCUCGCCGGGCCUGAGCCCCAAGAACUGCCGCGGGCGGCGGGGGCUGCGUUCCAAGGGCUGCCGAGAACCCAACACCAGAGCACAGCAGAGCUGGACUCUGGGUCCGCGAAGCUCGGCGGUGCCAGUGCCCCGCGGCCUGGCAGUCGGCGGCAGAGCGCUUCGGGCGAGGUGCUGGGUCCCUGCACAGGCCCAGGAGGGGUCGUGGCCCUUGUGCAGGCUGUUCCUCCAGGUCCGGAAAGCCCCAGACCACUGUUUCAAACCACGUUUUCCAGGUUCUUGCCUCAGAAGGAGGCUGUCCUGGUGUGUCCGGCAGCGGGCCCUCGGAGCAGCCUGGCCGACUGUGAAGAGAGGCUUGCAGAGACCUGCACAGAGCCUGCCCGGCUGCCCUCCCUUCCUGAUGAUGAAGUGUUCCUAGAAGAAGCCCCUCUGAAUAGGCUGAGAUUGCCCCAGGGAGCCCCAGCCAGUGUCCAUGCCUCUGACCAGAAUUCUGGAACUGGCUUGGGCCAGGCUACAGACCCCCCCAAAUAUCCCUUCCAUGAGUGUCCAAGGACUGCAGGGGCAGAGGAUUACUGGCAAGGGAUGAAUGGCUCUGUGGCUGUCUCCAGGCCCACAAGCUGUAGCUCCCCUGGGACUCCAAACGGGGACAUCCCACCCACUGACUCCACUGCACUGCUGACCCCCGACACCCCUCCAGCGGCAGAAAGUGACCCUCUCAAGCCUCCCCUAGUUGAUGUCCUGGGUCCUUCGGGCAGUGCUACUGCAGGACCCCAGAACCACACUUCCCUGGGCUGGGGCACUGGCCAGUUGGGUUCCCGACCAACAUGGCCCAGCCAGCGUCUUGAGGAGCUGGUUCAGGAGCUAGCCAGACUGGACCCCUCCCUGAGUGACACUCUUGCCUCUGAGCCCAGCCCAGAGCCGCCCCCGGGCCUGCUGGAUGGACUGAUUCCUCUAACAGAGGCCCAGGCCACAGUGUGGCCAGCCUUUAGGGAGCCAGGAGAGGAGGUCGCAAGUACUUCUGAGCCAGGGUCCUGUCUGUUCAGCUUUACCCAGCUGCUACCAGCUUCUCAGGAGACAAGGCCAGAAAACGCUACCCUCCUACCUGUGCCCAACCAGCCAUGUGGCCAGGGGCUCCCAGCACAAAACGUCAGCAUCCAGGUCAAGAAAGUGGAGCUAGCAGGCCUCCUCCAAAAGAUGCUGCAGGACCUCCACGCCAGGCAGGAGCAGCUGCAGGGCGUGGCUCAAGCGUGGGCCAGGCGCAGGGCAGCUCUGGAGGCAGCGGUGGCUCAGGCCUGUGCACCCAGGGAGCUGGAGCGGUUCAGCCGGUUCAUGGCCGACCUAGAACGCGUGCUUGGCCUCCUGCUACUGCUAGGCAGUCGGCUGGCCCGCGUGCACCGCGCCUUGGCCCGGGUGGGCUCAGACGGCGACCCUGAGGAGCGGGCCUCUCUGCUGCAGCGACUCGGCCUUCUUCGGCGACAGCAGGAGGAUGCCAGGGAGUUGAAGGAGCACGUGUCGCGGCGCGAGCGGGCCCUGCGCGAGGUGCUGGCGCGAGCUCUGCCGGCGGAGGAGGUGCGCGCCUACUGCACGCUGCUGGCUGACAAGGCCGCGGUCCUGGCCCAGCAGCGCAGCCUGGACGAGCGAGUCCGGCUCCUGCAGGACCAACUGGACGCUGUCAGGAGUGACCUUUCUCCCAGGCCAUCCCGGCCCCCGAGGACCUGUCCUCCGGAUAAACAGCCAUUCCCUCCUCCCCCUGUUUAGUUCCAGGCAUCGGGGUGGGGAGCAUUCCCCACCCCAUCUGGGGCGAUGCUGAGCAGGGAGGACCCAGGCCCAGCUGGCCUCCAGGAGAAUCCUUCCCACUGUUCCAGGUGACCUUUCCCAAGUCUUGUGGGUUACCUGGGAAUGACUUAGGGUCUUAAAACCUGCAGUAUUGGGCUGGGGAUUUAGCUCAGUGGUUCUGGCGCCUGCCUCCCAAGCGCAAGGACCGGAGUUCCAUCCCUGGUACCAAAAAAAAAAAACAAAAAAAAACCCCUGCAGUAUUCCUUCCCCCUUUCUGUGGUGAGAGAGGACCCCUGUAAGGGUUGGUUGGAGGGAAGAGAGACAAGUCAGAGGAGCAAAACAGCCUUUUAUUUUUUUCAAUAAAAAUUUCCCAGGGGUG